GCUCCCCGCCAUGAGCCACCACAAGGCACGCAACCACCAACCUCCACUAGUUUCACCUUUCCCAAAUUGCCCCCCCACUUCCCGUUCUAGUCACAUUUCCCACCUUCUUCACCCCAUUCGCUAAACCGAUACGUAUAGUUUCCGUCGGCGAACUCUAACAUUUCUUUCUUCUAGGGUUUUCCUUUCUUUUUUCUUUUUUUUUUAACCCUCCUCAGCAGAGAAUGGUGGAGCCGGUGAAACUCGAUGGCGAUCAUGGCGGCUCCGAAGAGCAACUCCUGUUGCAGGAGAACGGCAAUGUUGACAGUUCCUGGCGGUUGAACUUCGACGGCUUCCAGUUAUCUGCUGAGCAAAAGGAGAAACCUCCGCGUGGCCGCCAUGACUGCCUUGGAGUUCUAGGUCCAGAAGAUAAUGUGGCCGAGUAUUAUCAACAGCAGGUGGAAAUGCUGGAGGGUUUCAACGAAAUGGAUGCAUUAGCUGAGCGCGGUUUUAUACCUGGGAUGUCAAAGGAAGAGAGAGAGAAAUUGGCUAGAAGUGAGACAGCUGCUAUUCGCUUAUCAAAUAUUGCAAAUAUGGUUCUUUUUGCUGCUAAAGUUUAUGCAUCCAUCAGGAGUGGUUCGCUGGCUAUUAUUGCAUCCACAUUAGACUCACUUCUUGAUCUUCUUUCCGGGUUUAUCCUUUGGUUCACGGCAUUCUCUAUGCAGACCCCUAACCCAUAUCAGUAUCCUAUUGGAAAGAAACGCAUGCAACCUUUGGGGAUCCUAGUUUUUGCAUCUGUAAUGGCAACUCUUGGGCUGCAAAUUAUCUUGGAAUCCCUACGCACUCUAAUAUCUGAUGAGGACGGAUUUAAUUUGACAGCAGAGCAAGAGUGCUGGGUGGUUGGUAUAAUGCUCUGUGUGACAUUGGUAAAACUACUGCUGGUAUUUUAUUGCCGGUCUUUUACCAAUGAGAUUGUCAAGGCAUAUGCCCAGGACCACUUCUUUGAUGUGAUCACCAACAUCAUUGGUCUUAUUGCUGCACUACUUGCUAAUUCUAUCAGUGAUUGGAUGGACCCUGUCGGAGCUAUCAUUCUGGCCCUCUACACUAUCCGUACCUGGUCCUUAACUGUCUUGGAGAACGUGAAUUCCCUUGUUGGAAAAUCCGCUGCACCAGAAUACCUGCAAAAGCUCACCUACCUUUGUUGGAACCACCACGUGGCCAUACGGCACAUUGAUACAGUCAGGGCUUACACUUUUGGUUCUCACUACUUUGUAGAGGUCGACAUUGUCUUGCCAGCCAACAUGCCAUUGCAAGAGGCCCAUGACAUUGGAGAGGCGUUGCAAGAGAAGCUUGAACUAUUGCCUGAAAUUGAGCGUGCCUUUGUUCAUCUUGAUUAUGAAUACAGCCAUAAGCCGGAGCACGCACAGGCACACCUUUAAUUAGAAAUCACACUCAACGUUCCGUUACCUUCCAUCGAUUUCUCUCGACUGUAGUCUUUUGCUAAUACAGUAGGAAAUCCAUACUCGUAUUAAUUAAGGCAUAUGUCGCGGCCUUCUGCAGUAAGAUGGCACGUGUAUAGGGGUCGAAAUUGUUAGUUGACUGGUGAGGUUUUGGAGAAAUUUCUAAAAUUAUUAUGA